GUUGUCGUUGCAAAGGUUAAAUAAUUAAAACAUUAUAAAAUGGCGCGAUUUAACGCCGUGCAAGAUGACGACGUCAUUGACGUCACCUGCGGUUCGUUUGUCUGUAAAACGUACAAAAUAGCCGUGGUCAUAAUACAAGCGGUUUCUGCCAUGAUGUCAGUGGAAGCUCUUUUUCUUGGAAUACUAGUAUGCGCUGCGUCCGGAGUAUUCAACAAACGUGCUGCUACGUCAUCAGAAAGUUGUGACGUCAGCGAAGAUGCAUUGAAACGCAAAUUGGGAAGUAUAUGCAUAUCCGAUAAACCCAUGCUUAACGUUCGUUAUGGCAGAAAUAAUGAGUUCCAGUGCGACGAAACAUAUUCUAAAUCGCAUACUUCUUCUCCACCAAUUAAAGUGAGCUUUAACCAAGCAGAAGCGGGAAAGACGUACACCCUUCUGAUGGUUGACCCAGAUGCCCCUCACUACAGUUUGGAAAAGCUUACAUUCUUCCUUCACUGGGCCGUUACAGGCAUAACAGUUACUACGGUCCUUCUCCACCUUCGGGAAGUCAUAGAUACCAACUGGUCUUGUUCAGUUCAAAAACUGGUCCUGACGUACAUCUUGCGGAUGAAAACAGAAGUCAAUUCUCACUGCUAAAUUUCGUAAAUUUGAACAGUGAAAGUAUUUGCUCGGUAGUCGCUGUGUUCCAGUUCCAGGUACCAGCUUAGUCCCGUGGACAUCGAUAAAAAUAACGUCUUAUUUGUGUUAACAUUCACUAAUAAUGACCUUUAGUUAAAGCCGUAAUACUAUUAGCUUUUAUGUGUACGUUUCAGUUUUUAGUGCCAUCUUUGAAACAUUUACGAGACGAUUUCAAAAAUUAAAAGUAAGAUUCGCAAAUAUCGCUGAAGGGCUUACUUAACCGUAGAUAUAUACGAGUUAUUAAGUUCAAUAACAUUUUUUUGUCGUUUGAUAUCUAACGUAAUGGUUUCUUACGUAUUGUUUCAGGUUUAUUAAUAUUUCAAUAAUAUAUAUAAUUAUUAAAUGAGAAACAAAUGCUUACCAUAUUAUUAUUUUUCAUGAAGUAUAUUAGAAAAACAAUUUAUGAUUUUGAAUUAAAUUUGACGUUACGUUGUUAAAUAAGUUUGAUAUUGUGCGGUGAUUUUCUUGUUACAUAGAGGCCAGGGGCGGUAAUCAAUGUGUGUUAUCCUUAGCCUGAUAUUUUUUCGAGAUUUCAUAUCGUCUAAUAGCCAGUUUUUAAACAGUCUAACAAACACUUAAAUUCUACUCUUAAACUUUAGUUACACAUCUAAUGUUAUUCAAUCUUUUACAUUUUUCCUGAUAUGACCUCGAUAUUCCAUACCGUCUAAUGGCAAAACAAAACACUAUAAUUCUACUCAUAAGCUUAAGUUACUCAUCUUAGCUGUUUACUGAAUACAGCCAAAUGUCUUAAUUGGAGCCUCCACAACUCUUCUUUAAUCUUCGUUAAUGUGUGUCCUUUGUGCUGGUCCAUUGGAUUUAUAAAUUAACACAAAACAUUUUGCAAAACACCCCAAAGAAUUUUAAAACACUUUUCAAACAUGUUAAAUAUGCUUGUCUCCAGCAAUUAAAACUAUAACACUUUUCAGAUGUGUCGAUAUCUAUAUAAGCAUUUUUAAGUUUAACAUUAAUAAAAGCGACUGUCAUAUUGAAAUAUAAAUAUACAAAGUUUAACGUUACUUCGAUCACUUUAUAAAUGAGAAUAACCUUAGAUACACUCGGUCUGUGGCAGUUAAACUUGGGCAGUUUUAAACAGUAUGGCCUAUAAUGUAUACAUUGUACAAAGAUAAGAUUGACUUUCAAUAGAAGCUCAAUAUGUCGACAGGCAAGUCGAGUUUAUAACUUAGACUUAGUGUUCUUAUUAUGUUCGGUAUGAUCCCAAUUAUUAGAAGACAGGUGGAAACUUUACAUGUCGUUACUUAUUUUUAUAGCAGUUCUUGGCCACUAAACGCCAGCUAAUUUUACAAUUUUAUUGAACGGACAUAAAAAGAAAAUCGGAUAAUGUGGUACCGUGUAAAAACAUUUACUGCAGGCUGGCACGGAUUUCGUUUCAAUAUUGUGUGAAUUGUGGUGCUAGGAGGUUUUCUCCACCGAGUCGGACUCACUCAUAUUUCGAGACCGGCUAGAAUAUCAA